GGGUGGGGUUAUUGCAAAUGUCAGAGAAGGGACCAAUGGCUUCUCUAAUCUGCCUUCUUCUCAUAUAUGUCUCUCUCACAUAAUACGCAGAACAAAAUCUUGGAAUUGCCCUUGUCUAAAUCCAGCCUGUAGCCUUUGUAAUACCAAGAGACACACACAAACACAAACCCACUCCAUUUCUUUUAUUUCCUCUCCUUCUCUUUCUGAUUCCUUAUAUGUCCCUUCCUUCCUCAUCUUCUUUCUCUUUAACCUAAAAAGCCUCCCCUUUUUCACCUCCUUCCCUUCUUCUCUUUUCACACCCCCAACUUGCAGAAACGGAGGUCUAGAGGAGCCAACAACGGAUUAUUGUGUAAAGAACACAAGAAAAAAACUUUAACUAAGAAGAAGAAGAAAGGAAGAACGACCCUUUCUUCCUGCCUCCCUAUUCUCUGCUUCAAGAAUAACUUUUUUGUUCUUUACUGCCUUAAUAAUCCAAUUCUGUGUUUUAAAAUUGAUAAAUAAGAAUACCUAUUUUGUUUUCGUUCUUAUUCAUCAUCGUCGUCGUCUGAAAGUUUCUUCAAAUUUACAUAAUCGGGUGUGGUGGCUUUUGGCCUCUGUUUUUUCGUUUUCUUUUGCCCCGGGAUUGGAACAGAAAGAGGGGGAAGUGAAAAGGGGAAAAGGGAUUUUUUUAGUAAUGGCUCCUAGUUUUGACCUUGCUGUUUCUAACCUUUUAUGCGCUGAAGAGAAUUGCAUUUUCGAUAAUAACGAUGGUGAUGAUGAAACAGUAGUUGAGGAGUUUGUGAUGGCUCCUUAUUAUCUUAGAACUGGUCGGAAUCGGAACUACCGCCGUGGCGGCGGUGGUGAGGGGUUGCCGUUUAUGAGCGAUGAAUGUUUGAUUGAAAUGGUUGAGAAGGAAGCCCAGCACUUGCCUGUUGAUGGGUACCUUGUGAAGUUGCAAAAUGGCGAGUUGGAUGUUGGAGCGAGAAAAGAGGCCGUCGAUUGGAUUGAAAAGGUGAGUGUUCAUUUCAGUUUUGGACCUCUCUGUACAUACUUAGCUGUAAACUACUUGGAUCGAUUCCUAUCCGCAUACGAUCUACCUAAAGGCAAAGCUUGGACAAUGCAGUUACUUGCUGUGGCAUGUAUGUCCCUUGCAGCCAAAUUGGAGGAGACUGAAGUCCCACUGUCUUUGGAUUUACAGGUGGGUGGAUCAAAAUUUGUGUUCGAAGCAAGAACCAUUGAAAGAAUGGAGCUUCUAGUCUUGACAACAUUAGGGUGGAGAAUGCAAGCAGUUACACCUUUCUCAUUUAUCGAUCAUUACCUCCACAGGAUUCAUGACGAUCAACUCUCUAUCAAAAUGUUGAUCGCCCGGUCUAUUCAUCUGCUCUUGAACAUAAUACAAGGGAUAGAUUUCUUGGAAUUCAAACCUUCUGAAAUUGCAGCAGCUGUGGCAAUAUCAGUAGCUGGGGAAGCUCAAUCAGUGGACCCUGAGAGAGCAAUUCCUCUUCUCAUUCAGCAACUCCAAAUGGAAAGAGUUAUGAAGUGUCUUAAAUUAAUCAAUGACAUGUUAAUCUGUGGUGGUGGGUCAAUGAAGGACUCGAGAGUAUCGAUGUCAGAGCCCCGGAGCCCGAGCGGAGUGUUGGACGUGACGUGUUUAAGCUAUAAAAGCAAUGAUACAGCAGUUGGAUCAUGUGCAAAUUCUUCUCAUCAUAACAGCUCAGAGGCUACAAAGAGGAGGAGAUUGAACAGACCCUGUGAAGUGGAGCUAUAGAAAAAAAGGGUGAUGGGAGGUGUGAUCUUCCAGUCCUAAAGUAUAUUUUUGAUGAAGUUUUUUUGAAAAAGAAAACAUCAGGUUAUUGAACGGACAAUUAAAAAGAAAAACACAAAAAUGAAGAAUGAGAAGAAGAAUGAAGAACCAAGUCCCCAAGAUGUUUCUUUCUGUUGUCAUGGAAGGAGAAGAGGAGGAAUUGGGAAGUGUUUUAUUUUGAGAUACACUUUCUUCUAGGUGUCAAAUUUUUAUUGGUCGAGACCAAAAAAAGGAGAAAAAGAAAAACAAACAAAAGGAUGCCCAAAAAAUAGUGGGACAAAAAGGAAAAAAAAGGUGAAAUUUUUGUCUAAUUUCAUAUGAAUUUUGGGAAUUGUUUAAUAUAUCUUCUGUUGAGUCA